CGCCGGAAGUGCGGGUACGUGUUUGCGCACAGCACGUACAACUCCUGCGUGUGACGUCAGCACGGGGUGAGGCCGGUUGCAGAGCCUGAGAGGUGGGUAAUUGACUGGAGCGGCGUGUGUUCGGCGGCAGUGAGAAAAUGGCUGUUAAUGUCUAUUCAACAUCUGUGACUAGUGACAACCUGAGCCGCCAUGAUAUGCUGGCAUGGAUCAACGAGUCCUUACAGCUGAACCUAACUAAAAUCGAACAGUUGUGUUCAGGCAGUGUAUAUUGCCAGUUCAUGGACAUGCUUUUCCCUGGAUCAGUCGUGCUGAAAAAAGUAAAAUUUCAAGCAAAACUGGAACAUGAAUACAUUCAAAACUUCAAGGUCCUGCAAGCGGGCUUCAAAAAAAUGGGUGUGGAUAAGAUAAUUCCUGUGGACAAACUGGUAAAAGGAAAGUUCCAGGACAAUUUUGAAUUUGUGCAGUGGUUCAAAAAAUUUUUCGAUGCAAAUUAUGAUGGGAAAGACUACGACCCUGUUGCAGCUCGUCAGGGACAGGAGUCGGCCCCAGUUCCAGUACUGGCUGCUCCAGUCCUGAACAAGCCUAAGAAACCUUUAGGCUCUGGAAACACAGAUGAGAGUUUUGCUGGAGGAUCUGAAGGAAAAGCUACAAGAACAGAGCCAGCACCAGGUUUAAAGAAAAUGGCAAAAAUUGCUCCCCAAAGGACAGUGCCUGUUCAGAGGACUGCAGUAAGUAACAAGCCGCCGGCCCAAGGCAUCAGCAAGAAGCCAGCGACUGUAGGGAAUGGAGACGAUGAGUCUGCAGAGCUCAUUCAGCAGAUAAAUGUACUGAAAAUUACCGUUGAGGAUCUAGAAAAGGAAAGAGACUUUUACUUUGGCAAAUUGAGAAAUAUUGAGCUAAUUUGUCAGGAGAAUGAAGGUGAAAGUGACCCUGUUUUACAGAGGAUUAUAGAGAUUCUAUACGCCACAGACGAGGGCUUUGUCAUACCUGAUGAAGGAGCGCCCCCUGAAGACCAAGAAGAAUAUUAACCAUACAUACACCUGCAUCGCAGUCGUUUAUUGCCCAAAUCAUGUGCUUAACGUUAAAUACCCCCUUUUAUUCUCAGAGGGCUGUUUCUCUGCACGGAGGGGGCAGCACCUUUCCUUUUGAAAGUGCACUUUGCCAAAGUUUCACUCAUUUUACAGUGCUUAGGGAUUGGACAUACUAUGGUUUUGUGGCAGGAAAGUGUGUGUAAUGGGCUGAGGAAGGUUCAGUUACUGGUCAGACUGUUAUAGUGGUGUUGUACAGUAUAUAUACCAAUGCCUUAAGGGGUUUCUAAAUGCUUUUCUAAGUCAUACAGUAAAUGUGUAUGUGGGCAGCUCCUUGCAGUGUCUAGUGCUUGUGAGUAGGGACGUGCCGAGGUGCUGCUCCUUGCAGUGUAUAGUGCUUGUGAGGAGGGACUUGCCCAAGGGGCUACUCCUUGCAGUGUAUAGUGCUUUUGAGUAGGAACGUGCCAGAGGGGCUGCUCCUUGCAGUGUAUAGUGCUUGUGAGUAGGGACGAACCCGAGGGGCUGCUCCUUGCAGUGUGUAGUGCUUGUGAGUAGGGACGUGCCCGAGGGGCUGCUCCUUGUGCCGAAUCCUGCUGCUCUUCUUCUGCUCUGUCUGCACAUGGAAUUGAGAUUGUGCCCCCCCCCGGCAGCCUGGGGGUUAACAUGUACCUGUACUAAAAUGAGAUGAAAUUUACCGAGUGGCAAACCUCUGAGUUAUCAGCAUUUCCCUUUUCACAUGAAUUUGUGUCCGACACCCUCUUCCUUUGUUUUAAUAUUGUGAGACCUUGUAUUUAUGUUCCUGUUGCGCCUCCUUCUUCUUCUGUACCUGCUGUGCCCCCCUGUGCCCCAUUUCUCCAGGCUUCACCUCUGGAGCAGGAACCCUGCUGUUUUUACAAUAAAUUGGGAUUUGGUGAUGCCAUAACAAGUGGGAAUUGCUUUAUUACACAUUUACUUUUGCCCGUGAUUGAGUAGCCGGCCACUUGCAGUGCUUUCUAGUCCUCUCCUGCCCUUUUACACUUACUCUCUUCUCCUUCUCUUUUUAUUUGGUUUCACUUAGAGUUUUUCUACUUUAAAUCAUUUCUAAAUAAAACUUCUGCAUUUCAAGAGUUUA